AUGGAGCUGGGUGAUCUUUGGACUUUUCUUUCUCCUUCCUCGGCAGUGGCUGUGGGCAGAGCCCAGGUGCAGCAGGAGCCGUCAGCAGAGACCACCGAGGGCACCGCCAUCAGAAUCAACUGUUCACACCCCAAUAUAAAGACCACGGAGAUCAUCUACUGGUACCGUCAGCUCCCGGGCCGAGGCCCUGCGCUGCUCGUGGUGGCUCACAAAGACUUCAAAGAGCUACCGGACCCGCCGGGUUGGCUGCGGGUGGCGGCAGACGGCCGGUCCAGCGCCCUGCGGCUCGACCGGCCCCGGCGCGGGGACGCGGCGGUGUAUUACUGCGCCCUGGAGACACGGGGAGAGGAGCCGGGGCUGCGGCCGGGCAGGAACCGCGGCGGGCGGGGCCGGGCGUGUGUGUCGGGGCCGGGGGGACAGCCCCGCGCGGGCCCGGCAGGGGGCGCUGCCGCUCCGCCCGCCGGGACCGCCUCGCUCCGCCCGGCCCCCCCGGGGGCGCUUCCCCUGAACCACCGUCACUGGAUCUGA